GCACAGGUUCUACAACAUAAUACGUAACAAUUUAGGCUAACAUGAUACACAGCUUCAGCUCGCGCUGAAGCUGAAUAAGGAAACCGGACACAAACAGCACGCAUAUUACACACACACACCCACACGCGACCAGGUCAAAAGUUGACUGCCUCGCCAGCUUCCCCUCGGAUCUUUCUGAUUCCGUCCUGGACGUUCUGAUUUUCCGUCCAAGGUAACAAGUACCGUGAGUAGGAGCUGGAGGGGAGGACUUAGGUGGGGAAUCGUCGUGUCCGUUCCUGCUGGCUAAAGGUCCGGGCCGGAUUUUGCACCUUGUCCCCGGGUCUGCCUCACGGCCUGGAGGAGCUGCUGCUGCUGUUUAUUGAGCGCUCUUGUCCUGGUAUCACUCCGCUGGCAUGGAGGAGGAGGAGGUGGUGGAGGAGGAGAGCACUUGAUCAUUGUGAUGGUGGCAGGAGGAGAAGCAGCAAGCAAAGCAGAGCAGAGCAGAGCACUAGUCUGUCUCUUUCUCUGUGUGUGUUGUGUUAGCAGCAGCUCGGCGUACGUUUUGCAAAUACUUCAGCGAGCUACUUUUGCGGAUUGUUCACGUGUUGACUUCCCCCAGCUUGAGGAUUUGCUUUUAAAGGUUCCUGUUGAAAAAUACAACUGAGCAGCCAAAGUACUUUUGAGAACACGGUGCGGCAUAAACACCCAAACUUUUUUUCCUCCCCCCCGGAAAGAAAACACAAUAAGAAAGCGGCGUUGCCUGUCUUCUGAUGGUGUGGAGUGUGAGGUUGGGUGUGUUUGCGUGCGUUGUGUAUGCCCGGUGUGUGCCUGCCCUAGGUGUCUUGUGAGUGUGUGAGUGUGGAUAUAGAAGUGUGUGUGUGUAGAGGUUCCUGUCUAUAUGCACGCAUGUGGGUGCGCGUCUCUCUCCUGCUCUCUUGUGUUAAUACAUGGGGGAUACCAAGAAGGUUUUCGGUCCGGAAUCUGUUUUGGAAAUGAUGGAUUUAAAAGAGGGGGACUGAUCUGAUCUCUCCUCCCUUGGAGUUUGCAACCGAACUGCUACUGAUCAGUUUGUUGGGAUUCCUUCUGUGUUUGUUGAUUGUGUCUAGCGAUAACCUUACAGCACCACCUCCUGGGUUUGGGCUUUUUGCUUUUCUUUCGGCAUUUUUGUCCCCCCCCCCCUCCCUGCACGCCGGAGAAGAUCGACAAGGAGGGGAAGAGAGGGGAUUUUUUUUUUUUUUUUUUGCUGUUGAUGGUUUUGUUUUGUUUUUUUAAAAAACCGAACAACCCCACACAUUUUGUUUGGGAUCUGCUGUUUCCCUCUCCAUGGUCCGUUAAAGCGCGUCCCAACAGGAGGACCCCGUGUUUGUGCCUGGUGUGACGCCCGCGUGUAAAAGGAAAAAAAAGUUCUUCCAAAAUAGUGUGCACGGGGAAGGAGAUGGGGGAUUUUCCAACCCCCGCUGCUGCCGCGAAUGGCAGCAGCAUUUGUCUCAACAAUAACCUGAGCAGCAGCCUCGGUGGGGCCGGUAUCGGCGUGAAUAACGCUCCCCACGGCCCUCCUCCCGGUAACAGCACUACUCAUAGCGGCGGCGGCACUAACGGGAGCAGCGGCAUUCCCAAACACAGCACCGUGGUGGAGAGGCUGAGGCAGCGCAUUGAGGGCUGCAGGAGGCACCACGUCAACUGCGAGAGCAGGUACCAGCAAACCCAGGCUGAGCAGCUGGAGCUAGAGCGAAGGGACACGGUGAGCCUUUAUCAGAGGACCCUGGAGCAAAGGGCCAAGAAAGCGGGCACCGGCGGCGGCAACAGCAGCAGCAAGCAACAGCAUCAGAGCAAACAGCAACAAGAUGCCGAGUCUGCCACGGCCGAGCAGAGGAACCACACACUGAUCAUGCUUCAAAAGACAGUGAAGAGAAAGACGGAAGGAGCACACUCAACCCUUAAUGGCGAACAGCAGAAUGGCAUCUGCGACAGUAGCUUCUCUCCGACUAGCAAGCGGAUACGAAAGGAUGCACCUGGGAUUGAGAGAGUCAACAGCUUGCCCAGCAAUUUGCCUUUGCCUUCCAUUUCCCCUCUUCACCAGCUUGACAUAAAGCCAUCGUUGCCCCUGCAGAACAGUGGAACUCAUGCUGGUGGUCUGGAUGACUUGGGUAAAAAUGGUGGACUUCCAGAGAUAAAACUCCCAAUCAAUGGAUGCACUGAGCUUGAGGAUAGUUUUAACAUUCUGCACAACAGCAACAACAGCAGCAGCAGCAAGGAACUAAAACAAGAGCCCUUGGAUGAUCCUAGCUACAUUGACAAUUCUGACACAUCCCUUUCAAAUCAGAAUAAACUCUUUUCAGACAUUAACUUGAAUGAUCAAGAGUGGCAGGAGUUAAUAGAUGAGCUGGCUAACACCGUUCCAGAGGAUGACAUACAAGAUUUGUUCAAUGAAGACUUUGAAGAGAAAAAGGAACCUGAAUUUCCCAGACCAGUCAUUGAAACUCAGGAGAGUGCAAGUGUUAAAAGCGACCCAUCUCACUCUCCGUUUGCCCAUGUACCCAUAGGGUCUCCCCAGGUAAGGCCUUCUUCUUCAGGUCCUCCGUUUUCAAAUGUCCCUGCACCCUCUAGCCUACCUGCUGUCUCUAGUGCACCCCCUGCUCCAGUCCUUGAUAGCUCACCAGCAAAUUGCGUAGUUCAGUCACCUCAAACUCCCAACCAAGCACAUACCCCAAGCCAAACUCAGUCACGGCCGGGCAAUGGUUAUCUCAUUAAUCCAACAACAGUGACAACAGCAGGCCCCGGACCUGGCCAAGUGGCUGUGCCCAGCACUGACUUGUCUCCAGCUGAACAACUGAAGCAGAUGGCAGCACAGCAACAGCAACGAGCUAAGCUCAUGCAACAAAAGCAACAACAACAACAACAACAACAACAGCAGCAGCAGCAUCCAAAUCAAGCAUCCAGCUGGUCCCCAGUGGGGCCUCCCUCUAGUCCUUAUGGAGGGCCCUUCAGUACAGAUAAACCAAAUAGCCCAAUGAUGUAUCCCCAAGCCUUUAACAACCAAAAUCCUGUAGUGCCUCCUACGGCAACCACCCCGCAAAAGACUACAAUGAAUAACUACCUCCCUCAAAACCACAUGAAUAUGAUCAGUCAGCAGCCAAAUAACUUGGGUACAAACUCCUUAAGCAAACAAACCAAUAUGCUGUCUUAUGGCAACACUAAACCUCUGACUCAUUUCAAUGCUGACUUGAGUCAAAGAAUGACUCCACCAAUGGCCAAUCCAAGCAAGAAUCCCAUGAUGCCAUUUAUGCAGCAGCCGCAGCCCCAGCAGUCACAAAUGCAGGCUCAAAUGACACACUUGAGCGAGGAGCAAAAACGCAUGCUUAUUAUGAAGCAGAAAGGAAUGAUGAAUCAACCAAUGGCUUAUGGAACACUUUCUACCCUUGGCCAGGACCAGCACACAGUGGGAUUGUCUCGGUCCACGGGUCCCAUGCAGUCGUCUGUGCCACCUGGGUCCAGUAAUGUGGGCACAAGCCCUGGCAAUGCCAGUUUCAUGAGCAACCAACCUCAAGCAGCCAUUAUGAAGCAGAUGCUGAUUGAGCAAAGGGCCCAGCUCCAUAUGAUGGAGCAGCAGAAGCAGCAGUUUCUAAGGGAGCAACGGCAGCAGCAGCAGAUCUUGGCUGAACAGCAUUUGCAGCAGCAGCAGCAGCAAUCGCACCUGCCUCGGCAGCACCUCCAGCAGCAGCAGCAACAGCAGCAACGGAAUCCCUAUCCUGUGCAACAGGUCAAUCAGUUCCAAGGUUCUCCACAGGAUAUGGCAGCAGUAAGAAACCAGGCAGCUCUUCAGAACAUGAGGACUUCCCGAAUGAUGUCCCAGAACACCAGCAUGAUGACCAUGGGGGCCUCCCAAAACACGGGGUCAAUGUCUGCUGCAGGUGGUCAGUCUGAAAUGGGGAUGGCUCCCUACAGCAGCCCAGCAACCAGCCAGCCUGGAAUGUACAGUAUGAACACAGGAAUGAGCCAAAUGUUGCCUCACCCAAACCAAAGUAGCAUGAGUCUGACGCAUAACCCAAGUCAGGGGCCGAGGCAACCCAACUCAACGCAAGGAGUUGGCAUGGUCAGCAGCUUUGGUCCAAACAUGUUGGUUAGCUCUGCCAUUUCGCAACAACACCAGCAGAUGAAAGGACCUGUGGGCCAGGUUUUGCCCAGACCACAAGCUCCCAGACUUCAAAACAUGAUGGGGCCUGUCCCACAAGGAGCACCAAACUGGCAGGCGCGAGGGUUACAAGGUAUACCUGGAAGGACUAGCAGCGAAAUUGGACCUUUCAAUAAUGGUGCUGCUUACCCAAUGCAAUCUGGUCAGCCAAGGCUGCCUAAGCAACAUUUUCCACAAGGCAUUAGUCAAUCCGUCAUGGACACAAGUGGAACAGUACGGACCCUCAACCCAGCAAUAGGAAGGCAAAUGUUGCAACCACUCCCUGGACAUCAAGGAACCAACAACCAAGCCAGACCAAUGGUUAUGCCUACGAUAAAUCAGGCAGUUCCCACUCUGACUGGUUUUAACCAGUCCCCUGCACAACAGAUACCAGGGGGUAACUUCACUCAGAGCAACCAAGGCCAGAUCUAUGAGAGGAAUCCCACACAGGACAUAUCUUAUAGCUAUAGUAAUGAAGGAGCUGGAGGUUCCUUUGCAAAUAUAACAGAGGGCACAGACCUCGUAGACUCCAUCAUCAAAGGUGGGCCAGGAGAUGAAUGGAUGCAAGAACUUGAUGAGUUGUUUGGAAAUCCAUAGCACAUGGGGGGGGGGGUACAGUUUCAAACCUUUAUGGGGUCAAAUAAGGAAAGCAGGAUGUUGUCCAUCCUUGUUUCUUUGAUUUCUUUUUAACGCUGUGCAAAGCAAGCUGAUCCGUGGCUGCUUGUGGAAGGCAUAGAUGGAAUUUGAAGCAUUGACAAGAAGGCCUUGCCAACGUCCCUACAGCAGUCUCCACACCAUAGCGCACCUGCUGAGGGGGUGGGGUGAGAAAAAGAGAGGGGUUUCCCCCCCAAAAAAUCACUCCUUUCUGCCAUGAGCCACAGGAAGGGCUAAGCAGUCUCUGUGUGGCAAAAGACUAGCUUUCCCAUAACAGCACACUUCCCCAUGCAGUUCUACUAGCACUGUUGUAACUUUCAAGACACAGAAGAGGCAGCUGCUAACUGAGACAAAGGAGGGGAGUUGCUAGGUAACUGUAGAAGCCACACAGAGGUCAGAAUAGGUGCUAAACUCUGAGUUGAAGCAAAGUUUCUCCACGUACUUAUGCGUCUGAUUCGCUAGGGAGUCAAGCUGAGACUGCUUGAUUAGGCUGAAGACUGGGCAUGCCCACAAUUGAAUGGGUUCCUUCAGCAUACUAUCAAGUCUCCUUUAGGUGCAAAGGAAGUCCCAACCUGGCUAGUUUGCCUUUACUCCGUUGUCCAUCCCUUCAAUAACCAAGUGAUUCACUUUGCUUUAAAGAUGAAGAAAAAGCUCUAGGACAGGCUAAGCUUGUGUGGUACUUGUAUUGCUUUCUGAGGUGGCUGCCACCAAAGACAGGGAUGUGAAAGAAAACAGGCAUUAAAAAGGAGAGUCGUACCUUGUGAGAACUUGAAAGCACUGGUGUCUAGCUUAUACUUCGCUUGGAAAUGCAAGUUGAGUGGGUGUUACAUGUGUGGUGUUGAGUUACACAGUCUUAUGACUUGAUGUUCUCUGCUUCAACUGAAAUAGAUGUCCUGGGGAAUCAAUGAGGAAACAGUCUAAAGGUAACACAGGAAGAGGCCAAUAGCUGUACUGUCUGUCACGUAUGUAAAUUACUUGGGCACCAGUGUCAACUCAUCUCUUGACAAGUUGGAAGCAAGUUUAUGCUCAACAUUCUCCAAAACAAUGUCCAUUUUUUCACCCUUCCUACAUUGUACAUGAUAACGCCAAGCUUUUUAAGAUGCCUAAGUUAGUCUGUGAGAAGCAAAAUAAGAAAGGAGAGAUGUUCCAUGAAGGUAACUUCUGGUGGUAGUUGCACAUGAGCAUUUGAACAUCCCAAAGGUCAUUUUCAAAUAGAACUGUGUAGCUAGAAUUGAAUUGCAGUUCUUUGCUUAGGCCCAUAAGGGUUACCCACUUCCACGGCACUCUCCACCGGAUUAUAUGUUAUAUGCAAACGUAGGACCAAACUCCAGUGGUACAUUUCCCCUCUCAGCAAAUUCACUUCUAGAGGGAGCAUUUUUAAGUGGAGAAGCAACAGGGGGGAGGUAUUUUACCCUUUCCACAGUUACCACUUCUCUGUUCUGUAGCACCCUCAUGUUGCUCCCACCCAACACUUCCCAGUAUAGGGUUUCAAAUGCAAGAGCACAUCUGGAAUCCAUAAGAGGAAAGCAGCUUAGAGGGGGGUAACUUUAAAGUGCAAAAGAAGCAGGCAGAGAAAGAUUUGAUUGUCACCACCCCCAUCUGCCCACACUUCCCUUAAAAUCACCUCCUCCAGAAAACCUUUUCCUGAAAAACAGGGGUGGGGGAACCAAGGUUCAGUUACACAUGUAAUGCAUGUAGCUAAGCCUUUAAACGUUUUAUCUGGGCUGGAUCACAAAGGUUUGAUUAGUGUGCUUUUUAAAUUCCCAUAUACAUCCUGACACAUAUCCCAAUGAAAUUAGUGGGAGACUUUUUGUUGACUCCUAUGUAGUGAGAUAGAGAACCAGUUCAUGAAACUUCCUGCUCGUGCUGAAAUGUGAAUUGACUAAUGGGCUUACCCUGUGCUGAAGCAGUUGUUUGCUAAUAGAGAAAUAUUCUGCCAUGCAGUGCACUGCGUGCCAAAGUCAAGGCUCAUCUGAGUACCAGUGGAGAACAGUGUCCUGAGGAUCCAAAGAAGGUAUUAGUCCACAAAUAUUCUAAGCAUGAUAAGGUAUCAUUAUAUCAAAUUGUGAUGAGGACUGGAGAGCAAAGAAAAAGGGUCUGUGUGCAUUGCAGGAGUCAACUGAAGUUGGAAAACUCCUGACCACUUCCUUAGGCAUGCAAGAGCAUAGGGUAGGAAUCAGACUACUGUUUCUAUCACUUCUCUCAGGCAGGUAUCACUGUUUCCUGGAAAGGGUGACAAUAAAAAGGCUUACAGUGCAACUCUGUGUCUGCUUACUCAGAAGUAAGUGCCACUGUAUUCAAUGGGGCUUUAUCCCGUGAGUGUGCACGGGAUUGCGGCAUUAAGUUGUCAGGGUUAACCGCACAAAAUCUAAUGAGUAAUGAAUUCACCUUUAUCCAAAAAGUACAGGUAUUCGUGUCUGGUUUAGCAAUGAGGCCUCAAAAUCCAUUAUAUUUGUAAAGCUUCCUCCAAAUAUUUUAAACUGGGACCAAGUAAUUAAAAAUAGAUAAAUCAAAAUGUAAUAUUGGGGGGGCAGGGUGUUGUUGUUUUUUACUAUGGUGCUGAUGUAUAUGAAAUGUUUAACAAAAGAAUUAUUUGUAAAUAUGUUUUUACAAUCCUACAGAUAUCACUGGGUCUAAUCUGUAAUAUAUAUAUAAAUAUAAAUAAAUAUAAUUAUAUAAAUAUAAAUAUAUAUAUAAUGUUUGUUUAAAAUAGAGUAUUUUUAUUUCAUUCUUUAACUCAUCCUCACUGCAGUGGUAUUGCACUUCAGAUGUCUAAUUACUAAUUUGUACUGUAUCCUUGCCAGCAACUUGCUCCAUUUUAUUCAGAUUUUUCUAGUUUAUUGUUUUUUACUUUGUACAUUGAACAUUGCUUAUUUCCUUUUGAGAACUGUACAGAGCUCUGGAAAAAAAUGUAGAAAGGAACUAAUAACAUCCCAAUUUUAAAGAAAAUAAAAAUAAAAGAUUGUUAUCUGAA